GCAGCUUUUGCAACGCAGGGUCGACAAUGGCUUCUCAAGACCCCAUACGUGCGGGCGGUGAUUUUGGGCCGAGACAGCUGGGCUUCAUGGACUUGCCUGCCGUAGUGCAUUCUGUGUAUGUGACCCGCAGUCAGCAAUUGACUAUAGAUUCUCUGCUCCGUUACACCGAUGGGACAUCAGACAAGAAGACUUCGCCCAUAAGGGAAAUGCUCUUUUACAUCCUGUUGUAUCCGUCGUGGGCGAACUUCAUUAGACAAGGAAAACUGUGGGGCGUCGGUCCAGCUUAUUCGCUGAUGAUUUGGGGUUUUGCUCCAUCUCAAUCCACUAAACCGGAAUCACCUCUUAGCCGACUGGUUGGAGCCGUUCUGACGCGCCUCUCUGGGCUGAGCAGCUUGCUGGAGAGCCCCGAGCAGAAAAAGCGUCGAAAAGAAUUCGCAGACAAGGCGAAGAUUUGCGCCCAGGAAUGCAUAGGUGCUCGUCUGCAGGACAUGUUGAGUGUUGACGCACUCUUGACUAUCAGAGAGCAUCGACGCAAGGGUUACGCGUCGUCUCUAAUUCGAACCCUGACGGACCAGGCUGACAGGGAGGAGCGAGCGACGUGGCUUGUCAGUUCAAACGUAAGCGAUAACACAGCAUUCUACGAGUCUCUUGGCUUCAAGAUUGCGCACCACAUUAUUCUGGGUGACGAUAACCCUACAUGGACGGAAGAGCCCGUAAAGCUUGCCAUAAUGGUCAGAGAGCCUGUCGGACAUAGCAAAUAAUAGGCAGCCUCCCGUUGAACUAUCCUUGUACCCGUUUCUUGUGAACAUAUGGGAUCUCUCGC